AUGCUACUUGGAGUGGGCAAAAAAACCCAAUGUGUCACUCGAUUUUCAACAACUGGUCUUGAGCGUGGCUCUUCUGACGGAGUCAGAGAUUUGAAGGGCAUGGCUGUGAAGUUCUUCACAGAACAAGGAGAUUGGGACUGGGUUUCACUCAACUUCCCAUUUUUCUUCAUUCGUGACCCUGCCAAGUUUCCCGAUAUGAUUCAUUCACAGCGUCGGGACCCGCAAACAAAUCUUCUAAAUCCCAACAUGACCUGGGAUUUCGUAACCAAGAACCCUGAGGCUUUGCACAUGACGCUUCUGCAGCACAGCGAUUUUGGAACCAUGUUUACCUGGCGAACACUGAGUAGUUAUGUUGGGCAUGCCUUUAAAUGGGUAAUGCCCGACGGAUCAUUCAAAUACGUUCACUUCUUUCUAGCAUCUGACCGUGGCCCUAACUUCACCGACGGAUCUACUGCCAAGAUUGAUCCCAACGACCCAGACUUUGCCACCAAGGACCUUUUCGAAGCUAUAGAGCGGGGUGACUAUCCCUCCUGGACUGCCAACGUACAGGUUGUCGAUCCGAAGGAUGCGCCUAAACUAGGUUUUAACAUUCUCGACAUCACAAAGCACUGGAAUCUUGGAACAUACCCCAAAGGUCUAGAUACCAUUCCGUCUCGCCCAUUCGGAAAACUCACACUGAAUCGCAACGUGAAAGAUUACUUCUCAGAAGUUGAAAAACUCGCCUUCUCGCCAUCUAACCUCGUCCCAGGUGUAGAGCCAUCAGAGGAUCCUAUUCUUCAAGCGCGUAUGUUUGCCUAUCCUGACGCUCAACGGUACCGCUUGGGAAUUGAUCAUCUGAAAGCUCCUCUUCGUCGCAAGGAGACUGCUUGCCAACAAGAUCUUGGCCCUGAGUUCGAAAAGUGGCUUUCCCAAGUUACCUCAGAGGCAUGGUCACACCCAUAUGAAGAUGAUUACAAGUUUGCCAGGGAAUACUAUGAGGUGCUACCUGAGUUCCGUAGCCAAGAAUUCCAGGACAGGAUGGUUGAAAAUCUGUGCAGGUCAAUUGCUCCGGGGCCAGAGGAAUUGAGAAAGAGGGUUUUUGACACCUUUGAACUUGUUUCAUCGGAGCUUGCACGUCGUCUCCGUGAGGGAGUAGAGGCCAUUGUCGCGGAAAAAGCGCGGCCUGACUCGCCUUCAAGGGCCCAGCCUGGACAGUUGAGGUUGUAG